AUGAAUUCUUCUUUAAAGAUAUUUGUUGUCCUGAACCGAAUACAAUCAUGGAUUCCACCCUCUUCAAAUACACUUCCAACACCCAGAACGCCACCUUGUUCUACAAGUGUCCCUCAGGGUUUGAAUAUCCCGCAACUUCGGACUUUUUCUGUUUGAAAUACGGUGCUCCAGAGCAUGCUUUUUUUGUGGUAAAUACGUCUCUGGCCACUGAACUCGUAAGCGUAUGCGGGGCUGGUGUGGUCGUUCCGGUCCUUGCAACUGCUGCUCAGGGCUUUAUGAAUCAUUCAUUAGCUUUUUAUCAAGUUCUGAAUGAAGGGUUUGAGGUGAAAUGGACAGUAGAAGAGGGACAAUGUGAAAGUUGUGCUGAGUCUGGAGGUAGAUGUGGAUAUAAUUCGAGUUUGGGCCAACCUAGUUGUUAUUGUCCUAAUUCCAACCCUAAAGGCGCUUCCACCAAUUGCACCAACUCCAAGUUUCCAACUGCUUUGAAUUCGCUUAAGUCAACAUCCGAGACCAUCUUAAAGAAAAUCAUAAUCGUCAUUGCUGCAGGAGGAGCUGGGACAUUAUUUGCUAGCAUUCUUAUAAUCUUCUACUUCAAAAGAAAACUAUCAAAACAUAUACCAAUGUUCAUUUGGAGAAAGAGAUCUGAUGUUGAUCAAAACAUUGAGGAAUUUGUUAGGAAUUAUGGAUCUCAUGCUCCAAAGAGGUACAGUUAUUCAGAUGUUAAGAAAAUGACUAAUUCAUUCAAGGAUAAAUUAGGCCAAGGAGGCUAUGGUGGCGUUUACAAAGGAAAGUUAAGUGAUGGCCAACCUGUUGCAGUCAAAAUCCUCAACACAUCCAAAGGGAAUGGAGAGGAUUUCAUUAAUGAAGUUGCAAGCAUUAGUAGGACUUCUCAUGUCAAUAUUGUCAACCUUUUGGGGUUUUGUUUUGAGGGUGGCAAAAAAGCUCUCAUAUAUGAAUUUAUGAGCAAUGGGUCUCUUGAAAACUUCUUAUGUAGUGAAAGUCCUUUGAAAGCCAAUAAAAACUUGGGAUGGGAGAAGUUGUACCAAAUCACAAUUGGGAUAGCUAGAGGACUUGAGUACUUGCAAUGUGGGUGCAGAAUAAGGAUAUUGCAUUUUGAUGUGAAACCUCACAACAUCCUUCUAGACCAAGACUUUUGCCCCAAAAUCUAUGAUUUUGGGUUUGCUAAAUUAUGCUCACCAAAAGAGAGUACUGUAUCAAUGUCAAUAGCUAGAGGAACUAUUGGGUAUGUCGCUCCAGAAGUAUUCUCUAGAAAUUUUGGCCGAGUCUCACACAAAUCAGACGUCUAUAGCUAUGGAAUGAUGGUUCUAGAAAUGGUUGGAGGAAGACAAAACCCCAAUGGUACAAUUGAUCACACCAACGACACAUAUUUUUCACAUUGGAUUUAUAAGAAUCUCGAGCAACAAGAAGAUCUAGGACUAGAGGGCAUUGAAAACAAAGGGGAAAAUGAAAGUACAAGGAAAAUUAUACUAGUGGGUUUGUGGUGCAUACAAACAGAUCCAGCGAAUAGGUCAUGCAUGAGUAAGGUGAUUGAAAUGUUGGAAGAAAUCAUAGAAGCCUUGCAGAUCCCACCAAAGCCUUUCCCAUCUUCUCCUCCAAGGUUUCCAAAAGACUGUUCAUCCUUUAAAUCAACACUAUCACAAUAAUAUAUUCCUACAAUUGUAUGUACUCAUUAUUUUAUCAAUCAAACAAGUUGAUACAUAAAUUAUUUUGCGUGGAAACUUUUGAUAAUCAAA